AUGGACUCUUUGAAACGACCCUACCCAGACACAGCAGCAGAGACCGAGUCAAGUAAGAGGAGAGACGUCGAGAUGGCCCAAAAUGGUGAUACCCAGCCGAACGGCAGCAGGUCGAUUGCCCAGGAUCUCUUCGAAGACAUGGGCCGCAAGGUCGACCAAACGAAUGGCGAGGAUCAGAAAGUGGUUGAAGAGAUCGAGAGUUUAUGCAUGAACUGUCAUGAAGAUGGCAUAACCAAGCUUCUUCUCACCAAGAUCCCCUUCUUCCGCGAGGUUGUCAUCAUGUCAUUCGCAUGCGACCACUGUGGCCACCAGAGCAACGAAAUUCAGUCUGCUGGAGAGAUACAGCCAAAGGGAAGCAAGCACGCUUUGAGAGUCGAGAAAGAUGAGGAUCUACAAAGACAAGUGGUCAAGAGCGAUGUGUGUCUGUUCAGGAUAGAGGAUAUCGACCUGGAGAUACCAGCUGGCAAGGGACAAUAUACAAAUAUCGAAGGCAUAAUAAGUGCUGUUCGUGACGAUCUAUCGCAACAUCAAGAGGCAAGAAUGGAGCAAAUGCCAGAAUUGGGCGUGAAAGUCGCAGGCAUUAUCUCUGCACUAUCGGACAUGCUCGAAGGACGAAAAUACCCAUUCAUGAUCUCCGCAGACGACCCCAGUGGCAACAGCUCAAUAGAACCACGGCCCGGCGACUCAGCAGGAAAGUGGGCAAAGACCCAAUACAACCGAACCCCAGCACAAAACGGUAUGCUCGGCCUUGGAGACGACGUACCAAACCCAGCAUCCGACGCCCCACCAACAGAAAUGCGCCCCGAGUACCACUCCAGCAACCUCGUAGGCGCAGACUCAGUACCCACAGUACAAGGAAACAACGUAGACCAAGAAGAAGACAUCGUCGAAGACCAAGUCUACAGCUUCCCUGCCUCAUGUCCAGGCUGCACACGACCUUGCGCCACGAAUAUGAAAAUGGUCAACAUCCCCUACUUCAAGCAAGUCGUGCUCAUGUCCACAGUCUGCGACCAUUGCGGAUAUCGAAGUAACGAAGUUAAGACCGGCGGUGAAGUUCCCGAGAAGGGACGGAGAAUUACUCUCAAAGUCAGCACGAAUGAAGACUUGGCACGAGACAUCCUCAAGAGCGAGAGCGCAUCCCUCUUCUGCCCUGAACUCCAACUCCGCGUCGAGCCCGGCACAAUGGGUGGUCGCUUCACCACAGUUGAAGGCAUCAUGACCCAGAUUCGCAAAGAUCUUCGAGCGCAGGCGUUCGGUCUGGAAGACGGUGAUGCCCAGGUGCCCGAGGGAGCCGGCGAUUCUAUGACUUCUGAUAGCAAGAAGUUAUGGGAGGACUUCUUUGCUGCUUUGACGGACGCCAUUGAGGGUAAGAAGGGGUUUACUCUUACUUUGGAGGAUCCACUGGCUGGGUCUUAUGUACAGAGCUUGACGGCACCUGAACCGGAUCCGAAGAUUGAGGUGCAGGAUUAUGAGAGGACGAAGGAGGAAGAGGAGGAUUUGGGGUUGGCGGACAUUAAGACGGAGGGGUAUGAGCAGGUGGAGGAGGAGGCAGCGUGA